AUGGAUACCAGGAAUUUCGUGGCUGUCAUAUGCUUUUUCUUGCUGUCGCUCAUCUCGUCGUCGGCGGCGACGGGCUUUUGUGCGGACCACUGUGACUGUCAGCACCCACAACACCUCCUGUGCACAAACCGCGGGCUGCGCACUGUGCCCAAAGCCGCUCCACAGGUCCCCGAGGAGGUGCUGGUCUUCAGCCUCGGGGGAAACUUCAUCGUCAACAUCUCUGCCUUCGACUUCACACGGUACAGUAACCUCAAAAGGUUGAAUUUACAGUACAAUCAGAUACAAACCGUUCACCCCAAAGCAUUUGAGAAACUCUCCAAGUUGGAGGAGCUGUACUUGGGACAUAAUCAAUUAUCAACAAUACCCGCUGGGACUUUACAACCCCUGAAGAAAUUAACUAUUUUGUAUAGUAAUAAUAAUGACAUCAAGAAGAUCACACCAGAGCUCCUUACCAACUUGGAUAGCCUUGUUAAACUACGUCUGGAUGGCAAUGCAAUAGAGCUGUUGCAGGAGUCUGUGUUUAAGAGUUUGACUAAUCUACAUUAUCUCCACCUGGAAUCCAACCAGCUGCAGCACAUUCACAGAAACACUUUCUCUAAACUCACCAAACUGCGCUUCCUAAACCUGGCUCAUAACAAGCAGUCAGCUUUGCGCAGUGUUUUCACCUUUUCCCAACUCAAAGCUUUGACAACUCUGCUGCUCUCUGAAAACGAAAUUCAAUACAUUGGCAACCAUGUCUUCCAAAAUCUGAAAAAGCUGUCCAAACUCUCCCUCAGCAACAACAGAAUCUCUCGUCUGGACAGUGGGGCUCUGAAGGGAUUGUCAAGCCUCAGAGAGUUACUGAUUGAUGGCAAUGAGCUGGAGGAAAUCCCCGCUGGUCUCCUCAACCCUCUGGAGCGCCUAGAGGAGCUAGACUUCAGUCGCAAUCGGAUUUCCAAUGUGGACUCUGCGGCUUUUACACAAUUGAAACAUCUGAGGGUGCUGAAGCUCAAGAACAACUUCCUCACCAGUCUCUCUGGUGACAUUUUUGCUCUAAACAACGUGCUUUACAACUUGGAUCUCCAUGGCAAUAACUGGACGUGUGACUGUCGCCUGGAGGAACUGAAAAAAUGGAUGACUUCUGCACAUUCUCAGGGCAAAUUGUUGACUGUUUUCGUGCAGUGUCAUCACCCAGUAACUCUGAGGGGGAAAUAUUUGGACUAUGUGAACAGCUCCCAGCUGCAGCCCCUUGGGAAUUGGACCCACUCAUGUGGGAACCAAGCUAGGCCUGAGGAGAGCCGGGGAGGGGAAGUCUUGGAGAAGGAAGUGGAGCAUGAGAGGAGAGGAAGGGGAGAUGCAAUGCAGCAGGAGGAGCCAGCAUGGAAAACUGAACAAGACCUGGUGAAGAAAGGAGGGAGAAGGAGGGGAGAGGUGGAGGAGAAAGAAGCAGGAGGCUCAGACAGGACAGAAGAGGGAAACAAGGAGGGCAUGAUGAGAGAGGGAGAGAAAAGGAAACGAGAGGGACAGGAAGAGGUGGGAAUCCAGGGAGAUCAAGGGGGUCCUGAAGUGGUAGAAAGCUCUCCUUCUCUGGAGAGAAAGACAGCAAAGAAAGAAUCAGUCAGUCGGUCACGUCCUGCCACCAAAGCGGCAGGGAAACUUGCCAAAGGUAGACGAAAGUCAAAUACCAUUUCUAGAACAGAUCCACCACUCUUUUCCACAGUGACCACACCAAGUCUCUCUAGCAAUCAUGACAAACACCCCCAUUAUCCAAACACAGGGCGCACCACUGCUUCUCCUGCCCAAUCAGGAGAGAAGUUUGAUCUUCUGAGGGCAGGGCAAGAGGACACCCUUCCUGUAAUCACAGACCCCUGUGUGUUUAACCGCCAUUUCAUCACUAAUGUGUCAGUAGAUCAAAUCACAUCCAGUACUGUCACUGUCCACUGGACCACCAGGGAGCAUCACCGCUACACACCAGGACCUGGACCGGGGCUGGACGAGGUCCACUACCGGGUUCUGUUUGAUCGUUUUGGAACACCAGAUCGAUUCCCUCGUUAUGUUUACGCCCGUGGCGCAGCUCGCUCUGUGACCCUUCGGGAACUCAGCUCAGAUGUCACUUACAUGGUGUGUGUUGAGGGAGUGGUGGGUGGGUCUGUGUGUCAUGUGGCGCCCCGUGACCACUGUGCCGGAUUGGUCACUCUCCUGGAGGGUCACAGCAAAGGUGGAGGGCUGACCUCUGACCUCCACCUGGUGACUGUGGCAACGCUGGCUGGGAAUGCUGUACUCCUGCUGGUGAUUGGUGGGGCCUGGCUGGGGCGGAGUUUGAAGCGGAGGUUGCAGAAGAGGAAGUCGGCGGUGCACGUGCGGCACAUGUACUCCACCCGGCGACCGUUUCGUCCAUCCAUGGCAACUGCUGCAGUUUCCGCUGACUUUACCAGUUACCAGAGCAGCCGUCCACCACGACUUGGACCUUUAGAGGAGGGGGAUCUCAUUGAGUUUCCGUGUGACCGUUUCCUUGACAACAACACUGCCCGCAGAGACAGUGACAUGCAGAGAUUCUCUGACUAAAACCACAAGGACAAUGACAAGGAACAAUCUGUAUAUUGGAAAAAAAAUUGCAUACCCCAGCCUGGAAAUUGGACAUGCUGUGUUUUGUUUUGCUAUUGUCCUGAGUGUAUUAGAUCAAAGCUUUACAAUAUAGAAAGUCUCAUCACCUGAUACCGUGCAAUUUCACACUAAAACCAUGAGCAUGGUUGUGGCUUUAAAAAUUCAAAGACAACAUAUUACCAGUUUGUAUUUUUGUUGUGCAUUUGCCCACAAGACAAACACUGUUGAAACAGCUGAGCUCAUCAGGGCCUUCCCAGACACUACAGGAAGUCAAUCCCUCUGACUUCCUCUUCCUGCCUUGUGCCUUUCCUCUUUAAUUUCCUGGCACCUGCAAGUGUUUCUCAAUGUGUGCUUUGGUGUGAGUGCAUGUGUGCAAGUGUAUGUAUGCAUGAGUAAUCAUCCACUGAUUUCAACCAUGGUGCUAAAAUUGAAUUCACAGACAUCAUAAUGUCUUGUCAUAUGACUUUGUACAGUAUGUAAUGAUGGCUGCUGGUUGGCAGAAAACAAAUACUUGU